UUCAUUGGAUGCAAGGCAAGACAUGGUGGUUGUGGAGGUACCAAAGUUGGGAAAAGAGGCUGCAACUAAGGCAAUCAAGGAAUGGGGUCAACCCAAGUCAAAGAUCACUCAUCUCAUCUUUUGCACCACCAGUGGUGUCGACAUGCCUGGUGCUGACUAUCAGCUCACUAAACUCCUAGGCCUUCGUCCCUCCGUGAAACGUUACAUGAUGUACCAACAAGGUUGCUUUGCCGGUGGCACGGUCCUUCGUUUGGCCAAAGACUUGGCUGAAAACAACAAGGGUGCUCGUGUGCUUGUGGUUUGCUCCGAGAUCACUGCAGUCACAUUCCGUGGCCCAAGUGACACCCAUCUUGAUAGCCUUGUGGGGCAAGCCCUGUUUGGAGAUGGUGCUGCUGCAGUCAUUGUUGGAUCAGACCCUUUGCCAGUUGAAAAGCCUUUCUUUGAGCUUGUGUGGACUGCACAAACAAUCCUUCCGGAUAGUGAAGGGGCUAUUGAUGGUCACCUUCGUGAAGUUGGACUCACAUUCCAUCUCCUCAAGGAUGUUCCUGGACUCAUCUCUAAGAACAUCGAGAAGGCCUUAGUUGAAGCCUUCCAACCCUUGGGAAUCUCUGAUUACAACUCUAUCUUUUGGAUUGCACACCCUGGUGGCCCUGCAAUUUUAGACCAGGUUGAGGCUAAGUUAGGCUUGAAGCCUGAAAAAAUGGAAGCUACUAGACAUGUGCUGAGUGAGUAUGGUAACAUGUCAAGUGCAUGUGUUCUAUUCAUCUUGGAUCAAAUGAGGAAGAAGUCGAUAGAAAAUGGACUCGGCACAACUGGUGAAGGCCUUGAAUGGGGUGUGCUAUUUGGUUUUGGCCCUGGACUCACUGUUGAGACUGUUGUGCUCCGCAGUGUCACUGUCUAAUCAUACUUCGUCAAGACCACAAAU